GGAGACCCCGGUGGAGGUGGCCGCAAAAGCUGCGGGGAGGAGCGAGUCGCUGCGCUGGAGGCGCUGGGAGACGUCGCGAAGGGUUGCAAGACCUGAAUUCCCCCUAUUCUUGUUUCCUCUGAAGCACAUCGUCAAAAUCUUCACCCUGGGUUCCACUGAAGAAGGGCUGUUGCCUCCCAGGACUGUAUCAGCUUCUAGAAUCACAGCCCCGUGAUUGCGUGCCAGGAAACUCACAGCUAGAUUUAGGACCAGUUGCAGUAACUGCCUUUCAUGUCAUUCCUUGAACAUCUGUCUCUCUCCUCUUAGAUGUUACGCGGCCCUUCUUUAUCAGUCAUGAUUUAUAUUUAAUAAUAGCAAAUGCUUUGGAGAAAUAUAUAGGAUGUAAACGGUAAAUCUGUCACUGAAGACGGCAGAGACAGAGCACAGCACUCCCCAUGGCACUCGAGAAAUCCAGUCCCAAAUCUUCAAGGAUCAUGGGGAAUCACCUUGACCUUCUCUUAGGAAUGUUGCUCAUGGCCAGCCCUGUGUUUGGGAUUCCUUCCUGCUCCUCUGAUGGUCAGAUUGCCUUGUAUCGUUUCUGCAACCUCACAGAGAUUCCCCAGGUCCUCAACAGCACGGAGAGGCUCCUACUAAGCUUCAACUAUAUCAGGACAGUCACCACCACGUCUUUCCCCUUCCUGGAGCAGCUCUGGUUGCUAGAGCUUGGGACACAGUUUACUCCCUUGACUAUUAACAAAGAGGCCUUCAGACACCUGCCUAAUCUGAGAAUCCUGGACCUGGGCAAAAGUCAGAUAGACUUUUUGCACCCAGAUGCUUUUCAAGGACUAUCCCAUCUGUUUGAACUUAGACUGUUUUUUUGUGGUCUCUCCGAUGCAGUAUUAAAAGAUGGUUAUUUCCGAAAUCUAAAUUCUUUAACUCGCUUGGACCUGUCCAAGAAUAAGAUUCGAAGCCUUCACCUUCAUCCUUCAUUUCAGGAAUUGAAUUCCUUACAGUCCAUAGAUUUUUCCCUCAACCAAAUAGUCACUGUAUGUGAGAGUGAGCUCAAGCCCCUCCAAGGGAAAAUGCUCUCUUCCUUGAAUCUUAGAGCCAAUAAUCUGUACAGCAGAGUCUUGGUGGACUGGGCAAAAUGUAUGAACCCAUUCAGAAAGAUGGUGCUCAAUACCCUGGAUGUUUCUGGUAAUGGCUGGUCAGUGGACAUCACAAGAAACUUCAGCAAUGCUGUCAAUGGGAGCCAGAUUUCCAAUUUGAUCCUUGCCCACCACACUAUGGGUGCUGGGUUUGGCUUCCGUAACUUGAAAGAUCCUGACCAGAACACAUUUGCUGGCCUGGCCAGAAGCUUGGUGAUACACCUGGAUCUUUCACAUGGAUUUAUCUUCUCCUUGAACUCUCAAUCCUUUAAAACACUCAAGGACUUGGAGGUUCUGAAUCUUGCCUACAACAAGAUAAACAAGAUUGCAGAUGGAGCAUUUUAUGGGCUCAAUAAUCUUCAAGUUCUCAAUCUGUCAUUUAACCUUCUGGGGGAACUUUACAAUUCCAAUUUUUAUGGACUACCUAACAUAGUCUAUAUUGACCUUCAGAGUAACCACAUUGGGAUCAUUCAAGACCAAACAUUCAGAUUCCUGGAAAAAUUAAAUACCUUGGAUCUCCAGGACAAUGCUCUUAAAACCAUUUCCUUUAUUCCAAGCAUACCUGAUAUCUUCUUGGGCGGCAAUAAACUGGUGACUUUGCCACAUAUCAGUCUUACAGCCAACUUCAUCCAGUUAUCAGAGAACAGGCUAGAAAAACUGGAUGAUGUCUAUUUCCUUCUCCAGGUACCUCAACUUCGGAUUCUCAUUUUAAAACAAAAUCGCCUUUCCUUUUGUAACCAAAAUCAUCCUCCUUAUCCCCCUUCAGAAAAUCUCCACUUAGAGAAACUUUUUCUUGGAGAAAAUAUGUUGCAACUUGCCUGGGAGACCGGGUUCUGCUGGGAUAUCUUUAAGGGGCUUUCUCGUCUCCAAAUUCUAUAUUUAAAUGACAACUACCUGAAUUUCCUCCCACCAGGAGUAUUUCAAGAUCUGACUGCAUUACGGGGACUCAGCCUCAGCUCCAACAGACUGGUGUUUCUUUCCCCUGAUGAUUUACCUGCUAAUUUAGAGAUCCUGGAUAUCUCCAGAAACCAGCUCCUAUCUCCUGAUCCUAAUUUAUUUGUGUCACUGAGUGCCUUGGACAUAACUCAUAACAAGUUCAUUUGUGAAUGUGAACUUAGUGCUUUUAUUAGUUGGCUCAAUCAGACUAACGUCACUAUAUUUGGGUCUCCUGCAGACAUAUACUGCACAUACCCUGAUUCGUUCUUUGGGGUUUCCCUCUACUCUAUUUCCACUGAAGGCUGUGAUGAAGAGGAAGUCUUUAAAUCCAUGAAGUUUUCCCUUUUCAUCUUCUUCACUGUCACAUUGACUCUGUUCCUCAUGAUCAUCCUCAUAGUUACAAAGCUCCGGGGUGUUUGUUUCACCUGUUAUAAGACAGUCCAAGGACUCAUGUUCAAGAACCAUCCUCCGGGAACAGAAUCUGCAGCAUGAAGAAAAUAUAAACCAAGAAAAAUGUGUCAGAAUCACCCCAUCACUUCACCUGUGGUACUACGUGAGAGUUUCCCACCUGUAUAUUUUGUCCACGCUCUUUCCUCCCCCUGGAAUUUCUUCUCUCGUCCCACCUUCCAUUUGUCUAAUGAAUUUUGUACCCUACUAUGAUGCCCAUUCCUGUGACCCCCAAAGAGUUCUGUCACCGAUAUGUGAUGUUGUGUUGCACUGUGCGUUUAUACAUGUGUAAGGUCUACCUAGACCAUGAGACCCUUAUGGCAGGAUCUUGUCUUGUUCACUGUGUGUCCCAGGUCCAAAAUGGUACCUGGCCAUAGCAUGUGCCUGAUAAAUGCCUGGUGCAUGAAAGAAGAACAUUGCGAAGGCCAGCCUCCCCAGUAUCAAUGCCAGCUAUCAGAUUUUCCUGGGAGUGGCAGGUGAGGGCGGGGCUGAGUGAGAAUAGAAUAUCCACAGAGGUGCUCAGUGGUGAGCUGAAGAGGCAGGACACCCCAGACUCUAAGAAACCCACUGAAAUUCAUUCCAAACUGUGGAGCAUGGCAUGGAACUCCUGGGUUAUGGGACAGUUGCAAUUUGAACUAGCAGCCAUGAAUGGACCUAGGAUGAGGAAGGAAAGCAAUGCACAUGGAUCUGCAGUGAAUGGAUCCUCUGGUAUCUUGUACUCAGAAAUGCAGCAAAACAAAGCACUGCUACUGAUAACAAUCAUAACCACAAAUCAAGCAGGCCAUUUUGUCUCAGUUCAUUCUUUCCUAUCACCUCUGCCCAUCGACCAUGUUUUCCCCAAGUUGUAGAAAGGAAGGCAGCCAUGAUACUAGGAAGUCUCCCAUGAAGAAUGUCUGGACAGGACUCUGAGGUCCUCUGUUCUGGGAGUCAGGGGUGGGCUAGGAGGGUAGUGCUAUAUCAAGGUUUUCUCUGGUUUGAGUGACCAUCCCCAGGACUGCUUUCCAAACCAAAUCUGGAACAUGUAAAAUGACAAGUGCAGGCUAGUUGGUGGUAUGGUAGUUAAAGUCACUGGAUCCCACAUGUCUAACUGUGUAGUUCAAUCCUGGACCCUGUGGCUUGAGGAACACUUUGAGCUCACAUGUGUCCAUGCCUGAAAUACCAAGAGGAGAAUGGAGAAGAAAGGACUACAGAGUGGCCUUCCUCUCUGGGGCCGGGGGGAGGGAAUGAAGGUUGCACGCUCUCUGUCUCUGUCUCUCUCUCUCUCUGUUUCUCUCUCUCUCUCACACACACACACACACACACACACAAGCACACACACACCCCACAGCAAAACUUAAAAAAAAAAAUAAAAAGAAAAGAAAGAAAAAGACCAAUGUAUAGGAACAAUGAAUUGGAGCUCAGGUAACUCUUGACAUAUGAAAGCCAUCUAACACGCAUCCUUUUCUAAUCCUCUUACUGAAAACACAAAUAACAUGUAAUGUUCCUAAUGAAAUACAUUUUUGUAUAGAAUUUAUGGAGGAUCUGUUUACAUCUACAUUCCAGCUAUUGCUAAAUUCAAUGUGCCACUCCAAAACUUCUCUUUUCUGGCAAAACCUAUCUACAAUUCCUUUCAUUUGUCUUCUCUCCCAUCACCAGGCCCAGCAGUUGGAAUUCUUUUUGAGGCCAUUUUCCCAAGUCUAUAUCACUUCAGAAGCAUUGUGUACAUAUGACAAAAGAAGGACCAAGGGAACCACAUUGAGAAGUGGAUAAAUGAGUAGUCAGCUGAGAGUGCUACGGCACUCCACCUCAAUCCAAAGUCAGGCCUCAGUCCUUUGGGGUCACUCUGGAAUAUCAGAAACUACUACUGUUCCAUCUAAGAAUGGCUAGAAAUGUCUAUAUUUGAAAUUGCAACUAUCAUGGAAAAAUCUAGAACACUGGUGCUGCUGAAAACAUCAAAGACAAUUGUGCACUCAUCACCCUAAAUACAAUUGGCUUAAAAAACUCCUUGUCAACACAUGUAUCUACAGAGAACUGUAUUUUAGAUAGUUGAUAUGAUGUAACAUCAAUGUGGUUUUAAAGUUCUAAAUCAUGAAAUAACUAGAUCAGGAGGAUAAGAGGCAGGAGUAACAAUGUCAGAUAGCUCAAUGCGCAUCUACCACAAUAUAAAAUAAGUUCAGAUAUCUCAAAUACUAAGUCCAGAAAUAGCAUUCUGAGUAUUAUUUAGAAAUAUGAAAAUGCCAGAAGAAGAAAUUAGACAAAUUGAUGGUAUCUGUUUGAGGGAAUACUGCCCAAUUCUUCCAUUCGGAACAUUACAAAACCUGGAGACAUUAUCUUUUAGAAUCUACUUUAAAGCAUUGGAAAGGUACAAGGCGGUAAAUAGGGCUGAGAUCCAAGAGAAGAAAUCAAGAGAGUUGACCACAUUGAAAUUUAGAUCUAGUCAUCAAAAAAGUCCAGCCAUGGAAAAAGAAUAUAUCUGUAAUACAUGUACCUGAAAAGGAUUCAUAGCCAAAAUAUGAAAGAACGUCUACAAGUAAAUUUAAAAAAAAACAUCAGAAAAGAAAAAUGGAUAAGAGACAUAAGAAUUUCCCUAAGGAUAUCCCAUGUCGAACAAGCAAAUGAAGAUAUAUUUGACCUUCUUAAGUCAUCAAAGAAAUGCAAAUUGAGGGGACCAGCCGGCAGCAUGGUGGUUAACGUGCUGAACACUCCUACAUGG